UUGGUUAUCAGGGUUUACUCCAAAGUCCAUGGUACAAAAUAAAUAAAUAAUGACAGUCAGGGGUUUUCACUCAAGUUGUUUCUAACUGAAGCAUGGAGACAGAUAUAAAAGUGGAGGAAUGUGAGAGGAAGGGGAAGCUGACACUGGUCCUGGCCUUGGCUGCUUUGAUCUCUGCAUUUGGUUCAUCUUUUCAAUAUGGCUACAAUGUUGCUGUUAUCAACUCACCGGCCCCAGAAAUGCAGGAGUUCUACACCCAAAUAUAUGAGGAUCGCUAUGGUCAAAUAACAGAAAAUCUUCUGACCCUCCUGUGGUCUAUAACUGUUUCCAUGUAUCCACUGGGUGGGUUUUUUGGAUCUCUCGUGGUUGCCCCAUUGGUGAAUAAAUUAGGAAGAAAAGGUACACUUCUGUUCAACAACAUCUUCUCUAUCGUUCCUGCUGUAAUGAUGGGUGUGAGUGAAGUGUUGAGGUCAUUUGAGAUCAUCAUUGUUGCACGCUUUCUGGUGGGCAUCUGUGCAGGCCUGUCCUCUAAUGUGGUCCCUAUGUAUUUGGGCGAACUCUCACCCAAGAAUUUCCGAGGGGCCAUUGGGAUUGUGCCCCAGCUUUUCAUUACCAUUGGCAUUUUAACUGCCCAGGUAUUUGGCAUUCGUAGUAUCCUGGGCAAUAAAGAAGGCUGGACCAUCAUGUUGGGUCUCACAGGGAUUCCAGCUCUCAUUGAACUUUUGAUUCUACCCUUCUUCCCAGAGAGUCCACGUUAUAUGCUUAUACAGAAGGGCAAGGAAGGAACUGCCAGGAAAGCUCUUCAGCAGUUGCGGGGUUGGGAUGAUGUAGAUGAAGAACUGAGUGAGAUGCGCAUUGAGGACCAGUCAGAGCGGGCAGAAGGUCGACUAUCUGUGCUGAAUCUCCUCACCUUCCGCUCACUGCGCUGGCAGCUGCUGUCUGUUAUCAUCAUGAACAUGGGCCAACAGUUGUCAGGUGUCAAUGCGAUUUAUUACUAUGCUGACAGCAUCUAUAGCUCGGCUGGAGUGAGAGAGGAUCAUAUUCAGUACGUUACAGUUGGAACGGGAGCUGUGAAUGUUUUCAUGACAAUAGCAGCUGUGUUUAUUGUGGAGAAAUCUGGCAGAAAGCUGUUGCUACUCAUUGGUUUUGGGAUAUGCUGUGCCGCCUGUGUACUUCUGACCAUAGCUCUCCACUUUCAGACGAAACUUGAUUGGAUACCAUAUGUCAGCAUCGUUUGUGUCAUUAUUUACGUCAUUGGACAUGCUAUUGGCCCAAGUCCUAUACCUUAUGUAAUCACCACUGAGAUGUUCAGGCAGUCAUCCAGACCCCCGGCUUUCAUGGUAGCUGGCUCGGUUCACUGGCUAUCAAACUUCACAGUCGGCUUGGUCUUCCCAUUUUUAGAGAGGGGUCUUGGUGCCUACAGCUUCAUCAUUUUUGCUUGCAUCUGUCUCGUCACACUUAUCUACAUUUGGGUGGUCAUCCCAGAAACCAAAAACAAGACUUUUCUGGAAAUCAGCAAGCUUUUUGCUGAGAGAAAUAAGGUGGAGAUUGUGGGUGACUCGGAGUUCAAAGAAAUGAGAGCGGAGAGCGAUGAAGUGGAAAUUAAGAGCACAUUUCUCUGAGGGCUGCCUGGAUAAAACGAAUUGAAUUUCAGUUGAUGUGUUUUUUUAAUAUAGUUUAAUUUUAUACAUUUUCAUUACAUUUAUGCAUAAACAUCAAACACAAUGUCAACAAUGCAAAUAUUGUUUAUUAGAUAUGGUUCACAUUAUUAAUUUGAGUAAAAGUACAAUGAAAUGCUUACAUAUAGAUGCAAAGUAAAUAAAAGAUAAUUUUUUA